UGGAGGCCCCCCCCCGAUUCUACGCCCCUUCCUCGAGGCUCCGCUCCCCCUCCUCGAGGCUCCGCCCGCCCCUCCUCGAGGCUCCGCCACCUCCUGGCUCUUAAAGCAACAGUGACCCCGAGAUUGGGGGAGGCGCCAAUAAUAUAUUUGAUUAUUUGGGGGGUCCCAGUGACAUUGGAGGGGGACACGGGGUUUGUCCAGGAGUUCGGGGGUAUCCCAGGAGUUUGGGAAGGACCCAGGAGUUCGGGAGGACCCAGGAGUUCAGAAAAGGAACCCAGGAGUUCGAGAAAAAGGGGACCCAGGAAUUCGGGAAAGGGAGCUCGGAGUUUGGGAGGCACCCAGGAGUUCGGGGGUUAUGGGGCAACUUCUAACAGUAUGAGGUGUGUUUAAAUACAGUAAGGUAUUACAUAUUCAUAAUAACCCCAGGAACGCCUAUACAUAUUCAUAACCUUUCGCUGCUUCUUAUUAAAAUGAGUCCCAGGUAGUUAUUUCCAUAGUCUCCUCCUUGACCCCUCCUUGUUACACCUGUGCAGUGCCAUGUGGUGGUCUUGAGGAGGGUCUUUGAGGGUCUGUGUAUGAAGGCUCCUUCAGCUUCGUCACAGUGAACUCUUUCCCUUUGGCUCAUUAUGUUGAGUUGACUGGAACCCAAGCUGCCAAGUUGGUUGAAACCAGACUGGUUUCCCCCUUUUGCUGUAAAUCUUCAUUAUCUCGUCUUCUCAAGUUUACAGUUGGUGCCUCAAGUUUACAUCUAGGUGCUGUAAAACUUCUUAUCUUGGCAUUCGAUGAGGUUCUGUUUUUACUUAACAUAAUUGGUUACAUAAAGCUCUAAACUAGGCACCCUUAAAGCGUUAGUUAGUUCCCUCUAUCACAAAGCCUGUGUGGCAUGGAGGGUGAUGACUAAAGUGUAAAUACGGAGAGGCCUGGCAAAUUGACUAUAUCACAGUGCCACAAACCCACCACGGCAAGAGCUCUGUGGAAGCCACCACCAGAUGACUGGAAACAUGCACCGUGCCUCACGGCACUGCCCGCAACACUGUCCUGGGCCUUGAAAAGCAAGUCCUGUGGCGACAUGGGACACCAUGGGGAGUAAUUUAGGGUUCUGCUCGCUGCAGAACAGCGUUUAGAUUUCUUCAAGACAAGUGCAACUUCAAGAAUUCAGUGGCAGGUUCACUCUUUUAUUUACUGCAUGGGGGAAAUAUGGCAAGCCGAAUGCUGCUGGCCUUCUCUCCAGGUACCUGUACCAGUUCACGAAGCAAACUGUCGGGAUUCUUGCCUCCCUGAUAACCGUUCGCUCUGGAGUCUGUGUCCUGGAGCUCCGAGGACAAACUCUCAGGAGGAGAGCCAGAAGAUUCCGUUUCUUCAGAACAUUUGUGACCUGUGCUACAACAGCAGGCGCCAUGGCCCUCCACAGGGCCUAGAUCUCUUCUGCCAGAGAUAUGGUCUGGCAGAGAAUAUCAAGGUGCUGCUGGAAGAGGAGCCCAGAAACAAACUGCGCACGGCGGUGCGGUGGAACGCCAUGCUUGCCAUUGCUGAACUGAGGUACCUGCCCAUCCCUCCUGGGGACUCCUGCACGAGAUCUCGAGGCACUGCUCCAAAUACCCAAGUGUGACUGGCUCCUCUCUCUUUGCAAUGCAGUGGAGAGGUUGCUGGAGGGCAAGGAGGCAAGCCUCCUCCAAGCCUGCUUCUCUAGUGUCUUCUUGCUUCCUCCAGAAGAGAAAAUGCAGGAUAUGGGCCAUUAUCUCUUCUUAAAAAUGCUCUUGACCUUUGCCACCUCUGAGAGAGAAUGUGUGCAGGAGAGGGCUGUGGGGAGGAUUGAGAAGAUGAGCUCUGCGCUGUUCAGACAUCCCACACUGGCGUCCUGUGCGAGAUAUCUCAGAACUUCUGAAAGGACAGACGUUGUCCUUGUGUUCAUUGAGGCGAUGAGAGACACCAGCAUCUUUGACAAGAAGCGGGCAACAGACUUGCUGGACAUGGUCAUGGAAUUCCCUGACUUCUGGCUGGCGGAUCUGCCAAAGAUCAUGAGAUGCAUCCACAAAAACCUGGACAGCAUCAACACAGCACCAGCUCGGCAGAGUGUGGAGUCCCUGCUUCUGCUCAUGGCUGACAGGAGACCUGGAAAGGUGCUCACAACGCUGCUGAGGAUCGCUCCACCAGGAGACAGGACUGCCCUGGACAUGUGGGACAUGAUGAUCUCCACACCCCGGCCUCUGAAGAAGAUCUUAAAAGACUUGCGCAAAAGACUCCUGGUCAUAGACUCCAUGUUUCCCAAAGGCGUCAUCAGUGGGUCAGAAAGUCCUGACAUGGCAAGAAAAAUACAGUCCCUCCUGCCGCAAGUCAUGGGGUUGCUCGACUACAGCAACACAGAAAUGAAAAGGAAAGUCCUGACAUUCUUCUGCAGCGUGAUGGGACACCUGAAGAGGGAAGAGGCUAGACCCACUGUCGAGCAGCUGGAGGAAAAGCUCCUGCCCCUCUUUGAUGAGUCCAGCCAGCUGCGAGAGCUCUCCAUCUGCCUGUUCAGAGAGCGGGUGCAGUCAGUGAUGGUGCACAACAAGAAGAGGAUUAAGAGCUACGUGCACCGUGCACUGCUCCCCCUCUUCUUUCGUUUGAGCGAUCAGAGCAACAACGUGGCCAAGGUACAGAUUUCCACGCUGAGCACUGAGGCAGAGAGGGGUGUGCUGACAGCACACAGGUGGCCUGGGCACCAGGGGACAGGGCUGCUGGCAACUGGCAGCCUCCUCCAGCCCAUAGGAAGGGUCCUUACAGACCCAGCACGAGUAGCAGUAGAAAAGCUGCCAUGGCCAUUUCCACCACCUGCCAUAGCUGGUCUCACAGGGCUCAGCAGCAGCCUGUGGCCACCGAGGCGUGAACAGGCGCAUCCCUACGGGCUCCUCAGCUGUCCCUGAAGGUGCUGGGUCUCGAGCUUUGAGCCUCAGUCCCUGUCCCCCAGGGCUGUGCCCAAGAGAGCCCCAGAUGUUUGGGCCAGGGCAUGUCGCUGCCCCCAAAGGGCAGGUGCUCCAGAAACAAAGCCAAGAAUGGGGGUACGCCAGGUCUCCUUAUGCAGACUGUGGGUGCCAUGUCCCAUCUUCUGCUGUUCCGCAGGCUGCCAGGGAAGCCCUCCUUGGUGCAGCAGAGCUCCUGAAAUGGAAGCAGCUCAAACACCUAGUGCGGACUCAGCAGACAUGGAGGAUUGGAGAGAGCUUGGUGAGAACAGCGAAGGCCCAGGCUGACUGAGGGCUGCCCCACAUAUCUGUGCUGUGGGCUCUGCAGAUGUGCCUUGCCCGCCCUGCUGCAGCCCCGAGCUGCACCCUUGUUCCCUGUCCUCAAGAACAGAACCCAUGUCGGGGAUUGGCUCAAGGAGCAUGGACAUGAGUCCACCAAGCAACUGUACGAGCAGAGCCCAUUUUAGUUGACAUAAGUAGGCCUUAGUUAGCUUGUCUAUUAGGCCGUGGGAAAGGGGGGAACGGAAAAGUACUAACUAAGGCAGGGUCAGGAUAUUUUUGAAGAGAUAAGAGUCAGAAGAAUGUGGGAUGCGCAUAGCUAGCUAAACCCAAGUAGGUGGAGUAAGUAAAUGUGCUUAGCCUAUUAGAUAGAGACAAGUAUGCAUAAUUAUGGUAUUUGGUAUAAAUGCACGCUAUCUCGGGCAAUAAAGUUGAAGUAUGCUUUAUCACUCAUAUUGAGUCGGCUG